AGAGUGGAGAGAGCGUGUGAGUCGUUGAGGCGGUUUCGGUUCGUCUAGGAUUCGCGUGGCGUGCGAGCAAGCCUUUUGCUUUCCUUUUAUAUACAGACUCUCACCCCUGACAACAGACGACACACCCCACCGCAGCACCCAAUCGAGGAGUUAUGGAUCGAGAUAGCAAGAAGAGAGGGAGAGAGGAUCCGGUGGUGGUGGUGAUGGUGGCGCCGGAGGAAGACACGGGAGUCGUUGGAGGGGCCGCGGUGGAGCCGGAGAUAACGAGGAAGAAGGGGAAGAAGCAGGAGAUAUCGGAGUCAUCGUCGUCGGACGUGAUAUUGGAGGUGGGCGAUAUCUUCGAGAUCUCCGACGUGUACCGCCCGCCCGGGCUGUUCGAGUUCCCGUGGCACAAGGAGGACGGAGGGCUGAUCGUGGCAGCGGCGGCGGCGGAGUCGGACGGCUGGGAUCUCCGCGACGUGUUCUUCUCGUCGCUCGUCGACGGGUGCUCCGCCGCCAUCGGGUUCCCCGGCGAUCGCCUCUCGCCUCCGCUGGGGCCGAUUGCGCUCACCGGGGAUGGCGAAGAUGGAUCGUGGCCAUCCGAUGGGGACGCCGACGGCGUGGAUUGCAUCUGGAGCACCGUGCUCCGCCAGCCACUCCCCACCGUGUACAGCAAGCGCUCCAGCGCUUGACAAACCAAGCAAGAGAAGGCCAUCUUCUUUUCCUCCGGUUUCCACUUUUAUGUUUGUUUUUGUUUUUUUGUUUUGUUUUGUUUAAUCCCUCCUUAGUUAGACUCUUAGCCGUUUAGUUUGUUGUUAUAAAGUUGGUAACAUUUUCAAGUUGAUGUUUAAAUUUAAAAAAAAAGGGGGCUUUUGAUUUAGAUGCA